CAAAACUGUGAUGAAGGCAACAGGAGUCAGAAAACUAUUCAUGGCAGGAAGCCCCGGUAUCCGGUAAGAUACAAGAAGCACAGCCGCACAGGAUACGCCUUGGGUCAGGGGACGUGAACAGCCCGAGCCUUUGUGUCCUCCUUUCUGCCAGAGCAGCGGCAGCUCAGCCCUCAGCUCCCCUCAGGGCACAGCUGGGAGCACAGAUAGAAGCUCAGUCACUGCCAUCACUGAGGGGCUUAUCACCUUCAUUGAGGGGGCAGCAGAAUGGCCACCUCCACCCACCUGCUGCUGCUGCUGCUGCUGGGUCAGCCCUGGGCCACAGCUGGGGCCGCCAUGGAGGCUGUGGUGUGCGCAGACACCGCCUGCUACACAGCCCACUGGGGCAAGCUGAGCGCAGAUGAGGCCCAGCAGCACUGCAGCAAGAACGGGGGCAAGCUGACCACAGUGAAGAGCGAGGAGGAGGCCGGGCAUGUUCAGCGAACCCUGGCCCAGCUCCUGAGCCUGCAGGCAUCCCUGGCUGCGAGGAUGGGCAAGUUCUGGAUUGGGCUCCAGCGAGAGAAGGGCAAAUGCCAGGACCCCAGGCUGCCGCUGAAGGGCUUCAGCUGGGUGGGUGGCGGGGAGGACACGCUCUACACCAACUGGCACAAGGAGGCCCGCAACUCAUGCAUCUCCAAGCGCUGUGUGUCCCUGCUGCUGGACCUGUCCCUGACACCCACCACCAGCCGCCUCCCUAAGUGGUCUGAAGGCCCCUGUGGGAACCCUGUCUCUCCCGGAAGUAACAUCGAGGGUUUCGUGUGCAAGUUCAGCUUCAAAGGCAUGUGCCGACCCCUGGCUCUGGGGGGCCCAGGCAAGGUGACCUAUUCCACUCCCUUUCAGGCCACCAGCUCCUCCCUGGACGCUGUGCCCUUUGCCUCUAUGGCCAGUGUGGCCUGUGGGGACGGGAAUGAGAGUACCAGCCAUUAUUUCCUGUGCAAGGAGAAGGAGCCCAACGUGUUUGAGUGGAACAGCUCGGGUCCCCUUUGUGUCAGCCCCGACUAUGGCUGCAACUUCAACAACGGGGGCUGCCAGCAGGCCUGCUUCGAGGGCGGGGACGGCUCCUUCCGCUGUGGCUGCCUGCCGGGCUUCCGGCUGCUGGAUGACCUGGUGACCUGUGCCUCUCGGAACCCUUGCAGCUCCAGCCCAUGCAUCGGAGAGGCCACAUGUGUCUCUGCACCUCAUGGGACAAACUACACAUGCCACUGUCCCCAAGGUUUCCAAGUGGACGAGAGUCAGUUGGGCUGUGUGGAUGUGGAUGAGUGUCAAGACAGCCCCUGUGUCCAGGCCUGUGUCAACACCCAUGGGAGCUUCCGAUGUGAGUGCUGGGUGGGCUACGAGCCCAGCAGCCCUGGGGAAGGUGCCUGCCAGGAUGUGGAUGAGUGUGCCCUUGGCCGUUCACCCUGCACUCAGCGCUGUACCAACACUGAUGGCUCGUUCCAUUGCUCCUGUGAGGAGGGCUAUGUGCUGGCUGGGGAGGAUGGCACGCAGUGCCAGGAUGUGGACGAGUGUGCCGGCCCUGGGGACAGCCUCUGUGACAACCUCUGCUUCAACACACAGGGCUCCUUCAGCUGUGGCUGCCUGCCAGGCAUGGAGCUGGCCCCCGAUGGGGUCUCCUGCAUCAUAGCCCCUGUGUCUCUGGUCCCACUGGCUGGGGCUCCCCAAGAGGAGGACAAUGGAAAGAGAGAGCGGAGACCCAUGCCCUCUGCUACUACACUCAGUCCCACCAGGGGCCCUGAGACAAGCUUUGAAGCAGUGCCUGCCUCCAGGAAGCCCCCAUCCAGCACGCCCAUCACCUCUGCCCUGCCUGAGACGCUGGCCCCCAGUGGGGCCCCUGAGGUCCGAGUGAAUCCUGGCACCCACCAGCCCACAGCUGCCACUGGUCACCGUGAGUCUGCAGGUAGGGAUUCGGUGGCCACACAAAGUGAUGAUGGCACUGACGGACAGAAGCUGCUUUUGUUCUACAUCCUGGGCACUGUGGUGGCCAUCCUGCUCCUGCUGGCUCUGGCGCUAGGGCUUCUGGUCUGUCGCAGGCGGAGAGCUAAGCAGGCGGAGAAGAAGGAGAAGAUGCCCUCAAACGCAGCAGACAGUUACUCCUGGGCUUCAGAGCGGGCAGAGAGCAGGGCCACAGAGAACCAGUACAGGUAAAGGGGCCCCAGGACCCGGGAAAGAGGAGAAGGGAAGGCACAGGGUGGGGGAGGCGUGGC